GCAAGCAAGGCAGCAGUUUCACAGUUCUGGUCGUCGUGCGCGGCAAGCAGGUAUGGAGCAGAACCACAACCCGAGUCUGUCUGCGUCGGCCUUGUCAUCCCGCAUGGAAUCUGCGAGUGGAGAUGUGCCACCAUUGAUCUCGGCAGCUGGAGCAUCGUCAGGGGGGCGCAGCGCGGCUCCGCGGGUCCCUUCUAUGCCCGGUGGUCUCCCCCCUUUGCCCACUUUCAAGGCGCUUCUGCAGUGGGACCGUCGAAAUGUGUUCUCGCCGCCAAGGUCGGACACAUCCAUAAGCAUGCCUCCGCAAUGUGCUGAGGAGUCCUUCUCCUCCCUCAUGGGCCAGGCUGCAGGCGGCCAACCACAAUCACCGUUUCAGAGUGGUUUUCCUGGGUCGAUGGGGUGGGGCAUGCCUCAUGAGCACGCAGGUGUUCCACGUAUGCAGCGGUUGAGGUCCUUCGACGACUCGGUUACAGGUGGGAGAGUCCAUAUGGGCGUGGCUGGCGAAGACGGUAGAGCGGCGAUGCAGACUUCCAACAUGGAAGUCGGCCUUCACGGCCAGGCAGAGAUGCAAAGAGGGGCCUUUGGCGGGGGAGGUCACCUCCCCACUGCCCCAUCACCCGAUCGAAUGGAUUUCGCACCGCAGGCAAUGGAAGAUGGGGACAGUCGGCGGCCCUCCCCCAACGCAGGAGCGCAAGACGCGUGCAAUGGUCCUGUGGAGGACAUUGCCGGGAUGCAGGCAGCGAAGGGGAUGGCGACUGCAGGUGUGGGAGAGACAGGGGAAGGCAGUAAGAACACGACAACGAUGAGCAAUGUCAGUGGGGUUGGAGAGUCUGCCGCAAAAGGAAAGAGCCGGGGCAAUAAUUGCAGGUUGGAUGAAACGUUGGCGCUGCCACGAUACCUCGAGGAAGAGGACGCUAUGCACGUUAACAGACCAAGGAGGCAGCAGAUGAAGGGGAAGAAAGAGAGCAGUGCAAAGAUAGUUGAAGACAUUGCCUUGGAGACACGAGAAUCAGGAGGUGGUAUCUCAGCAGUUGUUGAAAGAAUUGAGAGGACACCCGUGCUGGAUAGAAGGAAGGAUGUGAAUCAUGAUCUUAGUGAUGAAGAUACUCAAACGGAUGAUGGUGAUAGUGGCCAGCCAUUGACGAUUAAGAGGCAACGAGGUGCGUUUGGUAAGAACAACGAAACAAACAGUUCUGAAGUUAAUAGUGGUGAAGGAGGUGGCACAGCAAGGAAGGAAGAAGGUCGUCAGGAAGGUGCUGAUGUGACAAAUUCUGACGAGCAGAUGCUGAAAGUUGGCGACACGACAAAUGUGAAAGAGAAAAUAGAGAAGCAAGCAGUCGGUGCAAGUGAAGGCGGACCCGGCGGGGUGAAGAAUUCAAAGAUAGCGCCUUCUGUCACAGAAGGAAUGAAUGAUGUUUCAACGGCGGAGAGAAAAAGCAUUGAAAUGCAGAGAUCUGACAUUGACACUGCAUUGGCAACCCUAAACACAUCAUUGCUAAAAGAUGAUCAAGCAGCUGGCCAGAAGAAUGGAAGAAGACGCAGCAACGCAGAAAGGAUGAGUUGUGCCAAUGUGACAAGCAGGAAAAAUCCAUCUGCUUUGGAAGAUAAUGGGCCCCUUUGGUCAACAGGAGGUGGGAAACCUCAGGUGGCGGAGGACGAUGGAGGGACUCAAAGAGCGGUAGAUGAUUUAAGCGAUGUGUCGGACAAAUCUGGUAUUGGUAAAGGCAAGGACAGUAUCGUAUCAAUGGAUGGGAAGCAAGGGAGUCGUGGGCAGAAGAGAAGGAUGAAUGAUGACUGGCAAGAAGUCGAUCUCCGAAGCCACGAUGAAGUCCACGAGGUACAUGAAGAGACCAAAGCAAGAGCAAACAUCAGGCGAAAUAUGAAAGAUGACGUGAAUGUUGAGGAGUUUGUGUCCAAAGAAAAGACAUCUAAAGCCAAAGGGAGAGGAGUGCAGAAGAAAGCUCCUGGCAGGGGAGGGGGAAGGGGAAAGACAAAAGGUGGACGACGAUCAUCAGCGGAGCCGACAGAAAGUCUGGAGGAGGAUGGAUCUGGAUCUACUAAUGAGAAGAGACUGCAAGACAACCAAGGAGGCUCUGGGGAAAGAGAGGCCCAUAAUGAUGGGUUAGUUGGGCCUGUUGCAACAAAAGUGGGCGAGAAUGGAGAGGGGGGUGUUAAGCGUAGGAGUAGAAUGAAGGCUUGCUUUGCUCUCACAGGGGAUUAUAGAGAGAAAGAGCAUGCCAUGAAGAUCAUCAAGCGUUUGAAAGGGAGACUCUGCAGAGAGUGCAAUGAGAAUUCGUGGAAGGACAGUGCCACACACUUGAUCUUAGAAGCUCCCAAGUGGACAGAGAAAGUGUUUGCAGCAGUUGCAGGUAGAAAGUGGUUGUUGCAGCUAGACUACCUGUUAGCAUCUCAUGAAUCAGGGUAUUUUGUUGAAGAGUGGAAACAUGAAUGGUUUGAAGAGUGCACUAAUGCUGACGACAUAAUAGAUCUAAGAUCCCCAAGGAAGUGGAGAGAGCAGCGGAAAAACACUGGGUGCGGUGCUUUCCAUGAGUUGAAAGUUGUCUUCUAUGGCGCAGAGGGGCUUACAAAACCUCCUAUGGACACGUUGAAGCGGGCAAUACAUAGCUCCCUUCGAGCCGUCGGUAUGGAGCCGAUGUCUUUCCCUGCAAAAAUUCCUCUUGACGAAGUUCCGAACAUGGCUGGAGACUUCGCACUAGUACACCGUCGAAUGAUAGAGAACGCGCAUGAGCUCACAAGAAAGAGAGGGGUCCUAUUUGAGCGUAUGCACACGAUGGUUGCGAAGCUGAAGCGAAUGUGCACCGAUGUCGAUGACGCGAACUUAAGGGAGGUCGUCGCCGCAUCCAAGCUGGCGAAUUCCGAGCGCAUUGUUGGGGAGCUGCAGGACGAGGUCGACCGCCUUCGUGCGCUGGUUCUGAUGUUGGAGGGGGAGGUCCUCAAGGUCCAGAAGGGAAGCCGAACAAGGUCGACGUCCAUGGCCAGUCCAUCCUCUCCGAGCGGAGGGACUGUCGCUAGUGUUAGUGUGUCCUUCUGCCAGCAAGGAGCGGAAGCUGCUGUCCGCUCCCAUGGCCGUAGGACAGUGGGCGGUGCGGGGGUCCAUGGUUGGCCAUGCUCGAAUCCGGGGACUCGGAGAUCUCCGGACACCAACCGCCGCGAGAUCGACCGGAUCGCCGAACUUCACAGCACAGGUCUGGAGCAUGAUGGCAUUCAGUGGUGGUCAGUGCCGGUGGUGAAAAGGAAUUCCGUGGUCGUGGAGAUUGAAGUGAUUGCUAAUGAUUGGCGGGUGAACCAUGUCUGCCUGCAGGCGAGUGUGUGUCAAGCGGGUUGGCACUUGACAGGGGCAAACUGGGAAUCGGUAAGGGGUCGUGCUCUGCGAAGCCUCAUUUCUGCCGUGAUGGAACGCAAGGCUUGGCAGUACUUGUGUCACGGGUGGAUCGUCUCUUUAGAGGAGGACUACAUGGAUGUGUUCUUGGAGGGACGGAAGGAGCGGUUGAUGCCGUAUACAAGUCGACGAACGGACAACUGGCUGCCGGAGAAGACAUUCGACGGGGUAGAGUAGAGGAGACAGCGCACACUGGACUGCGAUUUUCACCAUUCCCGAUCCAGCUCAGACGACUGAGAGAAGACUGGGACCGAUAACAAACGCAGAUGUUGAAG